GCGGGAAACAUAAAAUAGCCCGUAGCCCGUUGUCAUUACCACACACACAACUGGUCAACCGACUGAUAUAUCGUGAUAUCCAGGCCAUUGGACAGAUCUGCUCCACCCCCUCCAUGGAACACAACUUGCAGCAGUGCGUUCAGCUGGUCAAGGAGGCCUCGGCGGCCGGCGCAAAAGUCCUCUUCCUCCCGGAAGCAUCCGACUACAUCGCCGAGAACCGCGAGCAGUCCCUCGCGCUCGCGCGGCCCGAGUCCUCGUCCCUGUUCGUGCUGGGCCUGCAGGCCGCGGCGCGGGAGCACGGCGUCGACGUCAACGUCGGUAUCCACGUGUCGGCCCCCGCCCCCGCCUCCGACGGGACCAACCAGAGGCUCCUUGACCGCACCAUCCACAUCACGGGCAGCAGCGGCACGAUCGACGCGCGCGGCACCUACGACAAGCUCCACCUGUUCGACUACGGCGCGCUGCGCGAGUCGGCGCACACGGCGGCCGGCGCGGCCCUGACCCCGCCCUUUGACACGCCCGUCGGCCGCGUCGGCGCCCAGACGUGCUUCGACCUGCGCUUCCCCGAGCCCGCCCUCACCCUGGCCCGCUGGGGGGAUCCGCGGCCGCGACGACCAGGGGCGGGGGGGCCGGCGCAGGUCCUGACGCACCCGUCCGCCUUCACGGUGCCGACGGGGCUGGCGCACUGGGAGGUGCUGCUGCUGCUGCGCGCGCGCGCGCCGUCGAGGCGCAGUGCUUCGUGGUCGCCGCCGCCCAGGUCGGCGUCCACCACCACGGGCCGGGCCGGGCGGCAGGGUCAGCUUCGGGCGCAGCAUGGCCGUCGAUCCCUGGGGGCCGCGUCCUGUGCGCCCUGCCCGAGGUCGGGGCCGGCGGCGAGGUGCCCGAGGCCGCGGCGGCGCCCGCGCUCGGCGUCUUUGACGUCGAUCUCGGCGAGUGGGAGCGCGUUAGGGAUCGGAUGCCGCUUGUGAGACGGACCGACGUCUACCCGGAACUGUGAUCCGGGCCACUCGGGGUGGUGUGAUGGAUGUGACGCAUGGCAUCCCCGACUGCUCACCCCCAAAUCGGCUUCCUUUCCUGGCAUAUCCAGCGACUCGGCACCCUGCUGUCAUUGCAAGGGGCCAGGCAGACUCGGCGGUAUCAUUAUGAUCAAGUCCAGACACUCACCAACCAAGGCUUUGUUCUUAUAUCAUUUGUCAAUCGACUGCCUUUUAUUUGCCCUGACGUAUGGGGCCGCGGCCUUGAACUGUCACAUUUUUUCUGCUGCCCCUUCCCAAACACGAACAUGUUCAUUCACCACAACACCACCCAGAGCCAAGGGGGAAAAAAAGACAGGCCCGUCCCACAGCACCGGGAGACGCUGCGUCGUCGUCGCUGCGGGUCGGUCGAUCAAUGGAAUGGCCUGGGUUGCAAGGAACGACCCCUGCCUGGCUCUGACGGAAGCGAUGGCCUGGUUCCCGUCGAGGGCUUGGCUCGCAAGCAGGGCUCGAAGCAACAACAGUCUUGGCCUGCCGCCGUUGGACGCACACCCUGAUGACCCUUUUCUUCUUUUUGCAUUUCCCAUAUCGGUCGAGUCGGGCUGGACAUUUGUGAGAAGUCGAUCAACAAGGGAUGGGGAGAGCUGACUGGUAGCCGAGCGCAGGACCCCUCUGUCUCGGCGAUCGCUCCACCCCAUCGUGCGGUCCUGGAGAUCAUGAGAGGAAAGUAACCCCCUGGGCGGCCAACAACAGGACAAGACUGGCCCAUCUCGGUAACCUAUCGCGAUCAACCAUCCAACCGGCCUUGAUUUCUUCUUUUUUGCUGGCGGCGAGCAGAAAGACGCCUUCCCGCCUAGAACCAAUUUGUGCCCGAUGUUCCCGGCCGAUGUGGCUUGGUCGCCUCUGCUUUUGUUGGCAAGCUGAAACACGGCUCACCCCACAACGACCUGUCAAAAAGAGAGGCAUUGGAGAUGGGAUUCGAUAAUCAAAUACACGAGAUAAAAUGAAUCAAUAAAGUGAAACAAAAAAGAAAAAAGAAAAAAAAAAUAAGCGAAGCAGUUGGAAUUUGACAGCAGAGGGAGUGCGCGUCCAGCAGCAACCAACCCCCUCCGCCCUCGCUCGCUUGCAGCUGCUUUCGGUUUUGUUGAGGAGACACAAGGAGGAAAACAGGGCGGGCGGGAAGCGAGCGAUCGUCGUCCAAUGUAUCAGACAUGACAGAGAGGGCGGACGACAAGGACCGGCGGAGUGGCAGGUAUAACUGAGGUCACGACGCAGCACGACCAGGUCAGCGGAUCAAAGGGCCCUCGCCACGACCCGAAGAUGAAGGGCGGCCGUGAUGGCGAUCUUGUAAAGCCGUCGCGUGUAUAUUGGUUUCGUGGCAGAGCGGCAUGGUUGGAAAAUCAAUAAGCAAAACCUAUCACAGUCGAGGCAAAGAAUGGAAACCAGAUUCUAGUCGGCGACUUGGCAGCGACAAAGAAAACAAGCCCAUCUGUCCAUAAUGGAGGAUCCGAAAGCAGCACGAGCACCC